AUGAUCGAACAUGAUCGUCAAGUCAAGUGCUAUGACGAAAGUGAAAAUACAGCUGAUACUAUAAUUGGAGUACUUGCCUACUACAGGAUUGACAUUUGUAUAAAUUGUCGUAGUAAAAUGUUCAGAUCGAAAGGUUCUAAUUAUGAUGGUCGAGGUCGUGGUAGAGGUAGAGGCAGACGCAAGGGUCGAGGUCUGAAUAGAGGUAACGGUAGAACAGCCGCUAACCGUAGUAAUGAUGGAAGAAAUGAGGAUACUGACACAUCCAGAGGUGAGAAUCGUUUUGUCAAUAAUACAGAUAGACCAAGUAGGGGUGCUUCAAGAGGUGGCAGACGUGGAAGAAGAGGUGGACCAGCGUAUUACUCACAGCCGCAAUACUAUGAUGAUGAAUUCCAAGAUCAAGUGGAAUACGAUGACUUUGAUGAUAGACGAUUAAAUAACCCCCGCAAUAGAAAUCGGCAAAAUAGAGAUGCCCAUAUAAGCAAGGCAAGACAGGCAAAUUUAGCAAAAAAAAGGAAUUUUUAUAAAAAUCGAAAUGAAGAACGAGAAAGCUCUGGUAAUAGAUAUAACAACCCUGACGGGCAAAUGUUAACUAUCACCAUUCCAAAUCCUGACGCAAUCAUGAACACCAAAUUCAGAACUAGUGGUCGCAGUUCUGAAUCAAAAUCAAGAAGUAGAACCUUUCCUCCACGUUUUCGGGAUAAACAACCUAUACAAGACAGUCAACAAGUUAUAUUCGUUGCUCAAGAUAAUGCGAGAAGCAGAUCACGCGGAAGAAGUCGACGUAAAUAUCGAGGUAGAGGCCGAGGAAAACCGCAAGAAGAACAGAAUUUUCGUUCAGAAGAUCAGUCCUACAACGCAACAGAAAGAGAGGUGGCAUUCAUCCCUAGCGGCCGAUCUGUUAAAAUGUAUUAGAAAUAGCCGAGAUUCUUCACGAGGAUCAUGAAUCAGGAUAACAAAGUUUAUUUCCCAAUUUUUUCAGUGUAGAUACUUGCUUUAGGCAAUUAAUAUCAUAUUAUAUGUAGAGUCUAAUUAAUUCAUUGUUGUAAAUGAGCAAAAUUUAUGAUAGAUUUAGAAAGUUUAGUAGCUCAUCAUUUAUUCAUCUACUCGUAUUGGGUGCGUUAUUUUAUCAUGCCUGGCAACUGCCAAUCCAUUAAGAAUCAAUGCCAUUGAAAUUACACCAAAACGGUACUAUCAAUACGAAUAUGAACUAAAUCAGUUAUCCCUUGCUCAUAUUUUAUUGUGUAUUCAAUGGAUGUUCGUAAUGGUAGUAUCUUAUUGCAGUCGCAUUGUUAAUAACA